AUGUCGACAGACACAACAGCAAUAGGAAAUCCUAAUAAUGAAACGACGAAUACUCGUCGUGUUGAACCACCUGUAAAUGUUUAUGUACGUAUUCGACCAUUUAUUGGUGAUGAACUUGAUCGUGGUGAAAGUCAAAAUAUGUUAUGUAUUCGUGAUGAAAAACGUAUUGCUGUUAAACUUUAUCCAACAGCAACAAAUAAUAUUCGACCAGCACAAACAUCUUAUAACGAAUAUGAGGUCACUAGAAUAUUUGAUCAUAAUUGUACACAACAAGAACUUUUUGAACAAAUUCUUGAACAACCAACAGAUGAAAUAUUUACUGGUUCUAAUUGGCUUCUAUGUACACUUGGUCUUACAAAUAGCGGUAAAACUCAUACGAUGUUUGGUACACCAAAAGAUCCUGGACUUAUUCCUCAAUGUUUACAACGUAUAUUUUUACAUGUUGGUUAUAAUAUUGAUACAAAAGUUUUAUAUAAACCUGAUGGCUUAGAAAACUUAGUACAAACAAAUAUGAAUAAUAUUCAAGAUGAAAUCAAUUAUCGUAAAUAUAUAUUUAAAGAUGAUAAAGAUGAUUAUCGUCGAAAUCGUUUACAAAAUAUUGUUCAAGAUCAACAAUCAAUUCUUGAUGAUCAUUCAGUUGAAGAUGAACAUUAUUCUGUCUGGAUAUCAUUUUUUGAAUUAUAUAAUGAAAAUGUACUUGAUUUACUUAUUAAACCAAGUGCAAUGAAAAAACGUAAACCAUUACGUUUAAUGCAAAAUAGUGAAUCAACAAUCAUAAAAGAUCUUGUACAAAUUCCAGUUUUUGAUUUAAAAGAAGCUGAAGAUACAAUUCGAUUUGGUUAUGCAAAUCGUGCAACAUCAAAAACAGAUUUAAAUGAAGCAUCAUCACGUUCACAUGCUGUACUUUGUAUUACAUUAAUUACAUUUGAUGAAUUUGAAGAAGAACCAACAAUGAGUCAUAUGUAUAUUUGUGAUUUGGCUGGAAAUGAACCAUCAACUGGUACAGGAAAACAAUUAGCUGAAACAUGUAAUAUAAAUACAUCAUUAAUGACAUUUAAAGAUUGUAUUCGAGUUUUAAAUGAAAAUCAAACAGCUAAAAAGCAAAUGUUAUUACCUUAUCGAAAUAGUGUAUUAACAAGUAUAUUUCGACCAUUUUUUAUUGGUCGUGGACGAACAAUUAUUUGUUGUAAUGUUAAUCCAUGUGCGACAUUUAUUUCACAAACAAAUGAUUUAUUGAAGUUUAGUGCUCUUGCACAAAAAACGAUUAUUGUACCAGUAGAACCACCACCGAAAAAAGUUGUGGUAGAAUCGAAAAUCAAAGGUCCAAAACGAUUAGGUCAAGGAGUACGUGGUGCUGCGCUAGGAAAAAAGAAACAUCAUCAAACAGUUGAUACGAUAAUUAUUGAUGGAUUACCCGUACCGAUAGAUGUACAAUCGAUUCAUUAUUGGAAAUAUUGUACAAAGAAAGCUAUAGAUCUUUUACAAAAGCAAGCAUCAAAUCGACGAUUAUAUUUCAUUGAACGACAUCAAGAACGUACAACCACUAUUCAAUAUAUUCUUUAUCAACGUGAACAAAUCGAACAAUUAAUUGAUGAAAAAUUAAUAUUAAAUCAACAAAUUGAAUCACUUAAUAAAACAAAUCAAUCUGAACAAGAAAAUUCUAAACAUAUGAAAGAAAAAUAUACUGAAAUCGAAAUAAAAUAUAAUGAUUUAUUAAAAAAAUAUAAUCAAUCAAAUCAUGAUAAUGAUACAUUACGUUCACGUUUAAAAAAUCUUCAACAAAAAUUUGAUUGUCUAAAUACAGAAUAUAAUACAAUAAUUGAACAAAAUCGUCAAUAUGAACAAAAUCAAUUUAAUGAUAAAACUCAUUAUAAUGAUGAAAUUAAACAUUUAAAACAUAAUUAUGAACAAGAAAAAUAUGAAAAAAUUCAAAAAGAUAAAAUUAUUGAACAAUUAAAUGAUAAAAUUCUUUCCGAACAAAAUCAUAAUGAAAAAAUUCAACAAGAAUUAAUACAAUUAAAACAAGAUUUGAAAAACAUCCAUUCAAAAUAUGACUUAUUACAAGUUGAAUUACUUCAAUUACGUGAAACAAAAACUAAUGAACCAAUUAUUAUUGCUCAAUCUUCAUCAUCAACAUCACAUCCGACAACAACAUCAACGACACGUUUAUUACGAUCGAAAAGAAGUGCUCAUGAAGAGGAUACACAAGAUAACAAGAAAGCUAAACAUGGAACACCUGAUCGACCUGCAGGCAACAGUGGUCUUACGAAUAAACCAAGUACUAGAAAAGUACCAUCAAAAGCUGCUACCGAAGAUGAACGCAAACCGACACCACCUAUUCUUGUCAAAGAUGCUAAAACCAAGAGUGCUUCAAUAUUAAAAAAACGACCAUUAGCAGCAUCAAAUAGUGCUGAUUCUCCGAUAGUCAUAGCUCAAUUAGCUGCUCAAUCAACAUCAUCCCCUAUUAAUCUUCAACCACCUCCAUCAAUGCAAAAUACAAUGAGUCCAAAACCAUCAGCUAUUCAGCGUAUUCAAUCAUUCUUUCGACAUACACCACCAUCAGCAUCAAACCGUAUAAUUAAUCAUUUAAAAACAAAUUCAGCUGGCAUGGCAUGUGCUCCAUCAUCGUCAUCACCAAUACCAGCUAGUCCGAUUGCUGUUCUACAAAAAUCUUCACUUGCUAUGAGAAAACAAACACCUAAACGACGAUAUAAACUACGUAAUCGUGUUAAUUCAAAUCAAUGA